GUAAUGUACUAACGAUAUACAAUCAUGUAAAUUAGUUAGUUUUUUCGUUUGCAACCCUCCGUUGGUUAAGUACAUUGGGGUGAAGGGUUUCGCCUGUGGCAUACAGAGGACACUUAUGUUGGAUUUUUAAUUAAUUAAUUUAUUUACAACUAAAUGAGAGACUACCGAAACAUUUUAAGCUCAAUACAAAUGAGUACAAACCUAGUACAAAUAAUCGAAUCAAUUAAUUUCCUUAAGAACAAUUACUUGUCGGCUAUCUACAUACGAAUUUCAUGUUCACAAUAAUAGAGGGCGAGUAUCAACUUGCCUGUACCUUAUAAAAAAUUGCAUACAAUAAUUGUUGGCUUUGUAUACAUGUCGUGAACAAUAAAUAUUUGUAUUCCAUCAAAUGCUGAUGAACCGAAGGAGUCAUUCACCUCUCGAAGAUAAUUAUUUGUCGUCUGUUUGUCAGUGAGGAUAAUUAAUCACGUAUAACCCUCAAGACAAUAAUGUGUUAUGAUUAUCAUCUCUGAGAAUAGAUCAACAACCAUCACAGAACAAUUGACAAGCUGUUAAAAAUUUAGCCCAGAGGAAUGAAAAAUACUCUUCAGGUACUUUUUCAUGACAUCUCAUGGAUCCAUCUUGGUGAAACCUAGGUACAAAUACCAGCAAAAUGUACGCGUCUGAUAAAUCGUCUGGAGGUAGUAGUCGAGGAAAAAUAAUUUCCAGAAACAUCAACAACAGAAAUGAAAUUCCAAAGCUACGAAGAAAUCGAAGACACGAGCUCAGAUGGGGUGAAGAAUAUUUCAACGCGUUGAAAAAUACUGUCUUUGCUGUUGAUCCAAAGCCCUUUGUACCUGCAGAUAUCCCCGAGGAAUUGAAGUUCAAAAAUGAAGAGUUGCAGCCACUGCAUUCGUGCAAUCACUGCAGUGAUUCGUUUCGUUUUAAAAGAAGUCUUCAUGAUCACGAAAAUCGAAAGAGUUUUGUCCUCGGCUACUGGUGCGCCCACUGUUUUACCGUGAACUGCAGUCACACUCAGGAAGACGGUUCAAUGUGUCGUGACUGUCAGAACGUUGAGAAUAAAAAUCGUGCACGUCUGAGCAGGCGAGGAAUGAAACGUGGCCAGAAAAUGGGCUCUGUCAAAAUAUUCUACAAUCAGUGUCAAUUUUUCGGCCAUCUGAAAUCGCACAAUGUGUCCUCAGUCGAAAUGACGUACCUCAUGAUGAUGCCAAUGCCUUCAGAGGUUGAGAAUUCCGAGUGGACACAUCUUCACGAAGCGUGCAAGGCCCUCAUGGAGUACGCCUUUGUGAAGCAAAAGCACAUUGUCGAUAUCCUGAGAAUUGAAAAUCACACAAGAAAAUGGUGGAUGUCAGAGCCAUCGGAUUCAUCACUAGUUGGUGAAUUAUUGAAAAAAUAUCUGAUUGAUUCAGACGAUGAAUUAAGUGAAAAUCUGGUGGAUCCUCUUGGAGAUGGUCCCCCAAUCUCUCGUGAAGAUGUUCCUAUUACUGCUGACAUAACCUUUGUUGACUGUGGCCCACCAGUUUCAGUCUUUAUGCCACCCAAUGGACAACUCAGUCCAGAGGCAACAGCACCAAGGGUUUCUGCCCCCAAGAAAACACCACCGAAAUCCCCUGUCGUGCCCUCCCUCGAAUUUUUAAAGAAUAGUUCCAGUAUUGUCAAAGGUCAUCGGAAUGAAAAAUCCGGAAAGAUUGACAGCAAAUCCAAACUGCUCAACGCCACAUUGCGAAGGUCUUCAGAGCUGGUAAAGAGUAAUGUGAUAUCUAUCGUGAAGAAAGAUCGAGUUCCAUCGGUUCCAGAGCGAGGAGUCCAUCGACACCCCCCCUCACUGACUGAAACCACAUCGACAUCGAUGGGCUCGAAAUCAGAUCGACUCACAACUCCUACAGCUCCCUGUUUAGUGCUGUCAAACGUCUCCAAUUCCUCCAAUAAAUUAGUAAAAGUGUCAUCACAGUCUGAUGCUGCUGGCAAGAUCUCAUCAUCAGCUGGUGCGAAAGUUAAACUCAUACAAAUCCCGAGCUCGAACGUCACAUCGACUAAAGAGGGUCAAAACACAGUCGCCAAUAAUUGUCGAGGAGCUCAGAUACCACAAUGGCUGGCCCCUGUCCUGAAGAACAGACAGAUUCAUCUACCACGAGUCUGUCUAGGCUCUGAUUUCCAGAAUAAUGCCCACUUACAUUGUUUGGAGAAUGGACCAAAGGGAAUCGACACUCUCGUCAAGAAAUAUCAACUCGAGAUGAGACGAAAGCUGCUCAACUAUUCGAAACAGAAGAUUCAAACGAUAGUCAACAAUUUUUCAGAAUUCUGUCGAAACUUCAGCAGAUCAGGUUGUGUGGAUGUAGAAUCAAUAUCUAAAAGAAAUCUAGCAACAUUGAAAUCAUUGACAGGAUAUCUGGAGACAGCGUCGAAUGAUCCAGGGAAGAAUAAUAUGGAUCAAAAAAUUAAUAACGAUUACAAGAACAGAAUGACGUCCUGGGAGUAUCAGAAAAACUCUUAUCUGACGUGUCCGGAGUGUAAAAAGAAGGUGAAACCGAAGAAGUAUUUGCCAGGUAUAUCAAAGCUUGCGAGUCAAGAGAACGAGUAUUGUCAGUGUUGCAAUUUUAUCUGUCAUCUGUGUAAAUCCAGACAGGGAAAUCAAAAUCGAUACAAAGAACACCUGAAAUUCCACAAGAAUCAAGGACCCUACACAUGCCCCGAGUGCUUAGCUGUAUUUCCUAACAUGCAAAAUUUGGAAAUUCACAUCUGGACGAAAUGCUUUCACGUGGAUACGCAGGAGAUUUACGCCUGUAGGAUCUGCCAGAUCGAGGGAUUCCUAACAAUGGAAGCACUGAGUAAACACUAUUACGAAAUUCACGCGACGUCUGUGUUUGUUUGUAAUCGAUGUCCAAUAGCAUCACCCACUUACUUCGAUCACAUUGUCCAUUGCUCCAAGGAGCACUCUGGAGCGGCGACAAAUCCUGAGACCCUGAUCAUCUGUGAUUACGGUGGAUGUUUAGUAUCACCAGAGAAUUUCAAGAUUCAUCUGAAGAGCCACCGUGAGAUCGGGAUUAUUCAGUAUUACACGUGUCCCUUCUGUGCAUUUUUCGUGAAGAACGUCAAAGGAAAUGAAAACAUCAUUCAGGAUCAUGUGUUUGGAAAUCAUCGAGAGAGAUUGUGUGAAAUUUUAACUCCGGAGACUCUCAACUUCUUCGCAUCGUACUUCAAUCUGAAAAUGGAUAAGCCAUUGGCGAGAAAAUCAUCGGGAAAAAAAGAGGAAAUGUUACUUCCGAAGAUCGUCAACUCUUGCUCAAUAGCCAAAACAGCGUUUGAAUCACACGAUGAACCAAAAAUUUCAGCUGCACCGACUCCAAAGUUCAUAAGGUUGAAUGCACUUCCCGAUAGUCUAGCGUCGAAGGUCCCAACUGGUGUUACGAUUCCGAAGAUCGUGAAGGUCCAGAGCAUAAAGCCAGGUGCUAAUGGAACUAUUAAUUUCAUCAACAAUCAGAGCGUCAAUCCAAUUCCCCAGAAAUCUGUCAAUGUUGUGAGCAAUCAAUCCUCGAAUUCAGAUCCGAACAAAGUUACGAGUAGCAGUAAUGAGAGUGUAAGUUCAAUUGGUGACAAAGGAGUCAAUCAGAGCACGAGCCCAAGUCUUGGUAAAGGUAUCAAUGCCAUCAGCAGUACGAAGUUGACACAGGUGACAGUGCAGACCGUUCAGUCUCCGAAAUUAAUUUCCCUUUUGAAGAAUUAUACCCCAAGUAAUGUUAUACAACAACGACCAGUUAUGGUGAAGGUGAAUUUAUUUGAUAAGAACAGCAAUCACCUGAACGACAAUCAAAUUUUGCCUCAUGGAUCAAGCCCAACGAAACCCAUCAUCAGUAUUCCUGUCUCUUCGCGGUUGACUGAACCUCGUGGGCCAGAUUUGCAGACUAAGAGUCCAGAUGAUUUUAAUUCGAGGACUGUACUCGCGGAAUCAGAUGGCCCAAGUCAUGUGAAUACGAUGAUUGAGCUAGAUGGAGGGAGUAAGGAGGAGACAGCUCGGGAGUAUUUGGAGGACUUGAAUCAUCCUGACGAUAAAGUUGAUCACGAAGACAUUUACGAAAAUGUGGAUCGAGAGAGACAAAUGAAAUUAGCUGAUCAUUCCGAAUCGAUGAGAAAGUCGUCAGGGACAUUAAAACGUAAGGGAAGACCCAAAAAAGCCUGGAGGAUGGCACUUGAUGGCGUUGAGGAUGGUAAGCUACAGCCACUCAAUUUCAAAUGUCAUCUUUGUUACGAAAAUAUAACGACUGAGUGGGAAGUGUUGAAGCAUCAUUUUGCUACCAAACAUUACCGAGAGUUCAAGUUGUGCGAGGUAAGUCCUAAACUUGAGAAAAUCCCUCCGACCACAGACAUAGAAGCCAAGGUCGAAUGUAAAAAGAGAAAGCUGGAGCCCAGUUCCCCUCGAGGAGCUUCGAGAAGAAAAAGACGAGGGCUUUCAACGAAAACUGAUGACAAUUCACGAUCAGGAAUUUGUGUUACACAAGAGAGACUUGAACAAGUUGAUGGCAACUUUCAAUGUAAAAAAUGUGAGGCGUUAUUCGAGGAUGUAAAGUUACUGAGGGAACACUUUGCUAAUAAACACAGGAUAAAGGAACAUUUCUUAGUCUGUCUUGAGUGUGGUGCAAAUUUUGUUGUUGCCAAUAGUCUUCAGAUGCAUCUCAAAGCAUAUCAUGGAAUUGUCGAUACCGUAUCUUAUCUUGCUCAGAAUUCGCUCUACGCCCCUGAUAUUGGAGGGUCCUACGAUGCUAGGACAAGUGAACCUAAUCAGUGUUACGUCUGCAUGGCAGUAUUUGAGGAUAAAUCAGCUGUUGACAAACACCUCAGGGUCCACGGAAUGGCUUUUCUAAAUCACACAAAAGCUGAGGCAAGAAAUGCCCAGAAGAUCGAUGAAAAGAACAGUCCAGUGAUCAGCAAACAAGAGGUGACACAAAAAAAUGUUCAACAAAAUGGUGAUCAGACCCUCAGUGGAAAUAUUGUUUCGAGUCUUUUAAAUAUCAUCGAGGUGACGAGGUCUAGUUCGUCGAGGGAAAAUAUUGUCCAUCCGAUCUAGUCCUCGAUUGCCACCAACAAUGGUCAUGAAUCUUACGAAAAUUAUCAACUUCACAACGCGAGAGAAAAUACUGAGACUUUUACGGCUCCUCAUUUCCUUUGAUUUUGUACGAUCAACUCACUAAAAAAUAGCAAUAAAAGUUAGGAUUGGAUAUCUGGCAGAAUGUUUUUUAUAUUUCACAUACUAAGGGAGAGAGAUCAUAAGAAGUCACAUGAGUUUGGGAGUUGAAUUUGAUAUUUUUCAUUUUGGUUUUAUUUUUUUUCAGUGAACGUGAAUCUAAAUUACUACAUAAACCCAAAGAUUCAGUUGUACAUAGUCAGCACUAAAAAGAAAAAAUAAAUGAAAGGUAUCAAACUAAAAUCAUAUAUCCUUCCAUUGUAGAAACGUGAGCAGUGUAAAUAUCGCAAAAGAUUUUUAUAGUGAUAUGAUACUGUCAUAUAAAGAAGAUAUGAUUAUACAGGAAAUUAAUUAUCCAUCAAUAAAAAAAUACAUAAUAACAAA